AUGACUGUAAAGUUGAAUGUCAAUGACACAAAACUAAAAUACUACCUUUGCCCCCUCACACCUUCUUUUCAAUAUUUUCCUCUUCUCUUUUUUACUACCUACCUUUCCACCACCACACCCUCUUUUCCUCUUCUCUUUCUUAGCUCCUACCUUUCCUCCACCACACUCUCUUUUCAAUAUUUUCCUCUUAUCUUUCUUACCUCCUACCUUUCCUCCACCACACCCUAUUUUCAAUAUUUGACUCUUCUCUUUUUACUACUUACCACCUUUACCACCACACCCUCUUUUCCUUUUCUCUUUCUUACCUCCUAUCUUUCUUCCAACACAACCUUUUUUCCAUAUUUUCCUUUUCUCGUUCUCACCUCCUACCUUUCCUCUGCCACACCCUAUUUUCAAUAUUUUCGUCUUCCCUUUCUUACCUUCUACCUUUCUUCUACCACACCCUCUUUUCCUCAUUUUCCUAUUCCUCUUUCUUACUUUUCCUCCAUCACACCCUCUUACAUCCUACCUGUGCUCUUUCACAUCCUCAUUUCUUUUUCUCUUUCUUACCUUCUACUUUUCCUCUCACACUCACUUUUCCACCUUCUUUUCUCUCUCGUUUUUACCUUCUAUGUUUCCUUCUUCAUGCCCUCUUUCUAUCUCCUCUUCUUCUUUACUUUCUCAGUUCCUUUCUUGGUCAAAAUGGUUAACUAUUUCCAGAUCAGAAAGAUUUAA